AUGCGAUUCACGCCAUUCUUCCUCGGCCUGGCUGCUGUUGCAGCUGGUAGUUCUCUACCGGCUGAAGGCAUCGAGGCCAGACACUCAUCGGGCUACUGGUACGAGAAAAUCCAGCACAACGGCAUCAGCCCUUUUAUCCCGGACGGCAAAAACUGGAAAGUCUUCCGUAACGUCAAGACGGACUUUGGCGCCAAGGGAGACGGUGUCACUGACGACUGGGCUGCCAUCCAAGCUGCCUUUGAUUAUGCCAAUGCCACAGAGAAGCGCAGCUCGGGUGCCUGGGGUACAACCGGCGCCCCAGCUGUUGUUUACAUCCCAGCUGGCACAUACCGUCUGAGCAAGCCUCUCCAGUCGUAUGUUGAUACUGUUGUUAUGGGUGAUCCUACCAACAGACCAGUGCUUCAAGCCUCUUCCGACUUUACCGAUCCCUUCCUCUACUUGGGCUAUGACCCCGGCUAUGACUCGACCAUCAACUUCUACAUUGGGCUGAAGAAUGUUGUCUUAGACUCUACCAAGGUGCCCCUGGCUCACAACAUUACGCUUCUUAACUGGGCCGUGAGCCAGGCUGUGCAGCUUACCAACGUUCUGUUCAACAUGCCCAUUGGAGGCGUGGCACACACUGGAUUGUCGAUGCCUCAGGGCGGCUCGCCUUUGAUGAUCAACGAUGUUGUAUUCCAGGGCGGAUCUGUUGGCAUUCGCAUGAACGAGCAGCAGUAUCACUUUAAAGGAAUCACCUUCAAGAACCAAGAUAUUGGCCUGAAGCUUGACAAGCUCUUCGAAGGAACCGGCCAGGGUUUGAUCUUUGAGUCAUGCAAGGUCGGCAUCGAGACGACAAACAACAACACCGGAUUCUUUGCCCUUAUCGACUCGACAGCCAAGAAUGUCGGCAUUCUAUGGAAUGCGGCAGCCUCCCCCACCGCCCAAGGAUCAAUGGUGCUCGAGAACGUCCAAGUGGACAAGACCACCGUCACUGCUGGAGGAAUUAAUGUUCUCAAGGGUUCUGUCAAGCCCGGUCAGUCUUGGAUCUGGGGUAACGUUUACGGACCCUCAAGCGGCCAACGCGCUCAAGGCAAAUUCUUCCCUGCAUCUCGUCCUGCGGCACUUGUAGAUAUCACCGGAAAAUACCACGCAGUUCCUCCGCCAACCUUCCAAGAGUAUAGCUUGGACCAGGUGAUUAAUGUCAAGACUGUUCACGGGCUGCCGGUCGCUGGUGAUGGUGUUACAGACGAUACCAAGAACCUUCAGAAGAUCAUUAACCAAGCUGCUGGCAAAAAGGUCAUCUACUUCCCUCAUGGAACGUAUCUCGUCAGCGACACCAUUGUGGUCCCCCCUGGAAGCCGGUUCCAUGGAGAAGUUUGGUCUGAGAUUAGUGCCACGGGCAACAAGUUCAAGAACGCCAAUAAGCCGGUUCCCAUGGUUCAGGUCGGAAAGCCUGGCCAGCUCGGCGUUGCCCAGUUUGUCGACAUGCUCUUCACCGUUGCAGACAUUCUUCCCGGCUGCGAGCUCGUCGAGGUUAACAUGGCCGGCUUGAAGGCCGGAGACGUGGGUUUCUUCAACACCCACUUCCGUAUUGGAGGAGCUCGGGGAUCCAAGGUUCAGACGAACUGCGAUGAUCCUGCCACAUGCAAGGCAGCGCGCGUUUGUGCUCAUCUCACUGCCUUGUCGUCUUCAUACUGGGAGAACAGCUGGUGUUGGAGUGCCGACCACGAUCUUGACGAUGAUAACGGUGCCAACCCAUCGACAGCUGGUGGUUUCUUGGUUGAAUCUAUCAGGGCUACCUGGAUGCUGGGCAUCGGCAGCGAGCACAAUUCUCUGUACCAGAUCAACAUCUACAAGGCGCAGAAUGUCUUCUUGGGCUUCCAGCAGAGCGAGACGCCAUACUGGCAAGGAAACAACUCGGGCCUUUUGACGCCGCUGCCAUGGACCGGCUCCCUGCUUGAUAGCGACCCGGACUUUAGCUGGUGCGCUCCCGAUGACGCUCAGUGCCGUAUGGCUAUCUUCCAGUAUAUCCACGAUUCUAGCAACAUCAAUGCCUACGGAGGCGGAUACUGGGUCUUCUUUAACGGUAUCAACCGCGAUGGCUGCAAGGCUGAAUGCCAACAGAAUGCCGUCAUCUACGCCGACAACCAGAAGUUGUACAGCUAUGGCGUCAGCACGCACAAUGUACGAACCAUGGUGCUGGAGUCUGAAAGGGGGAAGAGCGUGGCAGAGGUCGUUGAUACGGCGAAUGCCGGUGGCUGGCAGAGCCAUGGUGGUGUCAUGGCUGCUUACCUGGGCCAGAGUGGCUAUUAA